CUGCUGUAUUACCAUGGGCCACAGUACUACUAUUUACAUCAGAUGCUAGGUCUAGGAUUGUGUAUUAGCAGAGCUUCAGCAUCUGUCCUCAACCUGAACUGCAGCCUGGUCCUUUUACCGAUGUGCCGUAUUCUCCUGGCCUUCUUCCGAGGAUCUCAGAAGGUUGCCAGCAGGAAAACAAGAAGGCUGUUGGAUAAAAGUAAAACUUUCCAUGUAACAUGUGGUGUUACUAUAUGUGUCUUUUCGGUCUUACAUGUUGCCGCACACCUGGUGAAUGUUCUUAACUUCUCUGUGAACUAUACUGAAGAAUUUUUGGCACUAAAUGCAGCAAACUACCGUGGUGAGGACCCCAGGAAACUCCUUUUCACUACCGUUCCAGGACUGACUGGGGUCCUGAUGGUGUUAGUUUUAUUCCUAAUGUGCACAGCUUCUACAUAUGCUAUCAGGCUUUCGAACUACGAUAUCUUCUGGUACACACACAACCUUUUCUUUGUCUUCUACGUGCUGCUGCUGGUGCAUGUUUCCGGAGGAGUGCUUAAAUACCAGACUAACCUAGAGGAACACCCUCCUGGCUGCUUUCAUCCUAACACAACUCUCCAAGAGGAUAUUCCAGUGCCAGGGAUUUUUGAAGAGCCUUUUCCUGAAUAUGCUCCUGAGCCUUUCCCAGCAGAACCAGAACCAUUUGUACAAAAUAACGUUGUGAGAAUUUGCACUGAGGAACCCAAGUUCCAGUCGCACUUCCCAGAGACUUGGCUUUGGAUUUCUGGACCUUUGUGCUUAUAUUGUGCAGAAAGACUCUACCGCUAUAUCCGCAGUUAUAAACCAGUCACGAUAACUUCAGUGAUAAGCCAUCCCUCUAAUGUCCUUGAACUACGAAUGAGGAAAGAAAACUUUAAAGCAAGGCCUGGUCAGUACAUUAUUCUACACUGUCCAAGAGUGUCAGCAUUAGAAAGCCAUCCAUUUACGCUCACAAUGUGUCCGACAGAUACCAAAGCAACAUUUGGGGUCCAUCUUAAAAUAGUGGGAGACUGGACAGAAAGAUUUCGAGAUUUACUGCUUCUCCAUUCAAGUCAGGACACAGAGAUUCUACCCAACUUUCAGCAAAGGAAUUACCCCAAGCUAUACAUAGAUGGUCCUUUUGGGAGUCCCUCUGAAGAAUCCUUGAAUUAUGAGGUUAGCCUCUGUGUGGCUGGAGGCAUUGGAGUAACUCCAUUCGCAUCAAUACUCAACACGCUGCUUGAUGACUGGCAAUGCUACAAGCUCAGAAGACUUUACUUUAUUUGGGUGUGCAGGGAAAUCCAGUCCUUUCGCUGGUUUGCAGAUUUGCUGUGUAUGCUGCAUAACAAGCUUUGGCAGGAAAACCGCCCAGACUACAUAAACAUCCAGCUGUACCUCAGUCAAACAGAUGGGAUACAGAAAAUAAUUGGUGAAAAAUAUCAGGUCCUGAACUCGAGGCUUUUGAUUGGACGACCUCGUUGGAAACUCCUUUUUGAUGAAAUAGCCAAGUGUAACAGACAGAAAACUGUUGGCGUUUUCUGUUGUGGACCAAAUGAAAUCUCCAAGGUACUCCACAAAUUGAGCAACAGCAGCAACUCCUAUGGGACAAGGUUCGAAUACAAUAAAGAAUCCUUCAGCUGAAAGUCUUGGGACUAACAGGACUCUAUGGAAGAAAGAAGUGCAAUUAUUUUUUGUAAGACUUAAGAGUCAGAGCUUUGUGCUAAGCAGAUACAAUGUACCAAAGAGUAGCAGGUUUUCUUAUUUAUGAUUAUUUAAAAUUCUGAAAUAAGGAGGACACAGCAGAGUACCAAGUCACAUCAAGUGUUUAUGCUCAAAGCGAAAAGGGCUCAGAGAAGAUUUGUUAUGAUGGUGGGGAUGAUUCAUUUAUCAGUGUGUAAAUUAAUUUAAAAAAACGGAACAGACAGUUGCUUUUAUGGCUGAUUCAAGAACAAUCCAUGAAACAUCUGAAAUGUCUCCACUUCAGCUUGCUCUAACCUCAGUCCUCUGAAAUUGGGAUUGGUUAAAUGAACACCAGAUUGAUCAGAAUUAAAAGUGCUCUGCAAGACCAACGGUGCUCUUUACUGGCACACAAAUGAAACGGCUUUGAAAUGGAGAAACUCCAGGCAAAAAUAUUAGAUGAUUUAAAUAUUGCAGAUUGGGAUUCUGUAUGUAAAAUAUGAAAGUUUAUUCUCCCUAGCCUGCCUCCAUACUGAAUAGCUGUCUGGUAGGGAUAUGU